AUGAGGCUGGUGAACAAGUGGAGUAAACUUAAUGGUGAGACCCAGAUGAGUUUAGGAAGCGUAAGUUUCCUUAAGAAGAAGCGUAAAGAACUGGUUCUUUGUCGUGAACGCUGUGAACAACUGCAACGACCUGAAUGUAAACAGUCUGGUGGGGGCGGCGGUGGCCAUGGUAUGGAACGGUCAGGUGAUGGCCAUGGUAUGGACCGGUCAGGUGAUGGCCAUGGUAUGGACCGGUCAGGUGAUGGCCAUGGUAUGGAACGGUUAGGUGAUGGCCAUGGUAUGGAACGGUCAGGUGAUGGCCAUGGUACUGAACAGUCAGGUGACCAUAACAGUGAUCAGUUAGGUGAUGGUGGCAGUGACCAUGAUAGCGACCAGUCAGAUAGUGGCGGGCGGGCGACCAGUCAGGAAUAUUACACCGAAGCGCCUCCUAAUAAUGACGACCUGUUUGAUGAUGAAGAGGUACCAGAGCACCAAGCACCAACCAGAGCACCAACCAGAGGUACCAGAGCACCAAGCACCAACCAGAGCACCAACCAGAGGUACCAGAGCACCAAGCACCAACCAGAGCACCAACCAGAGGUACCAGAGCACCAACCUGAGCACCAAGCACCAACCAGAGCACCAACCAGAGGUACCAGAGCACCAAGCACCAACCAGAGCACCAAAAACCAAGCACCAACCAGAGGUACCAGAGCACCAAGCACCAACCAGAUCACUAACCAGAGGUACCAGAGCACCAAGCACAAACCAGAGCACCAACCAGAGGUGCCAGAGCACCAACCUGAGCACCAAGCACCAACCAGAUCACUAACCAGAGGUACCAGAGCACCAAGCACCAACCAGAUCACUAACCAGAGGUACCAGAGCACCAAGCACAAACCAGAGCACCAACCAGAGGUACCAGAGCACCAAGCACCAACCAGAUCACUAACCAGAGGUACCAGAGCACCAAGCACAAACCAGAGCACCAACCAGAGGUACCAGAGCACCAAGCACAAACCAGAGCACCAACCAGAGCACCAACCAAAGGUACCAGAGCACCAACCAGAGGUACCAAAGCACCAAGCACCUCACCAAGCACCAGCGCCACACGUCCCGAGUCUGGUCAUCACUCAAUUAGUUGCAGGUAAGAGGGAGUUUGUCAAGAGCGGACACGAGGGAUGA